UACUUUGUUCAGUACCGAUUUUUAUUAGACAAACUUCCUGACCAUUUCUUAUCCCCUGGUACUCUAAAACUCUCAACAGUUCCUAAUCUCCUGGUACCAUGCCUCUUACUGGUGGAGUAACAGAAAAUGCUGAUAAGACGAAAAACUUCUCAAUAACUGGUGUUAAAGAAAAUGAUAAUAAUAGUGUAACUGCCAAUGCUUUUGUGCAAGGAUAUAGAAGCACUUCAGAUCCUACUAAAUUAAAUGCACCUGUGUAUGGUGUCGCUGGAGGGAGUCUAACUUUAGAAUCGGGAGGCCAUUCAGCAGGAGUCGCUGCGAAGCAUAUUCCCAAUGUUGGUAAUCAAGUCACAGGAUCUACGAAUAUGAACCUUAUCCAUACUCCAAAUCAUAAGCUUGAUGUCAACGCCUUCACUACACAAACAAUGCCGAAAGCGCAUCCGAAUUUCGCAACUCAUGGAGGUGGUGUGGAUUAUGCUUUUAAGGAGAAAAAAGGUGCAUCAGCGUCCGUAGCACAUACACCUAUGUUCAACAAAACAGACAAUAAUGUUGGUGGUUUUGUUAAUCUUCAUAAAACCCCAACUUCUUCUUUCGACCUAAAUUUGUGCGCUUCUAAAAGUACGUCACCAUUUUCUCAUGGACAGUGGCAGCCUGGUGGUGCCUUCAUAUUUAAUAAGAAGUUUUAAUUUGCAUUGUCUUUUAAAUAACAUUUUCCAAAUCAUUAUUUAGUUUUAGAACGCAAUUUAAUACGCCUGUAAGAAUUAUAUAGGCAAAGCUUGUUUCCGUAGUGAUUUUGUAACCAUUAUUUUGUGUAAUUAAAUACAUUUCUUAUGACAUUU